GGCCAAUUUUUGGCUUUGCGGCGCACGGGCUGCCCUCGCCCGUAUAGAUGCUCAUGCGCAACGCGAGAUGAUGGCUACGCCCCCUCGACGACGAAUAGUGAGCGCUAUCAAAAGAUGAGGCUGCUGCUGCUCAUCCUUAGCACCACCACAACACUGGUGCAGCCACGCACCGAGUUCCUCAAGUGUGCGCAUCGACUCAAGGCGUACGGCGCGGCAUGGCUCGCGCGCACGGAACUCCUCGCGCGCCAGCCCCUGUCUCAGAACAAGGACGCUCUUGAAUACGCCUCGUUCCACAUAUUAAUAUACAGCAUGAGAUUGGGCGCUACGGCACUGAAGGCGGUGGACGACAGCUGGUGGGUGAACCACAUCAGUGGCUACGAACACGGCGUCUUCAGGAUGAAAGGAAAAGAAGCGUCCGACACGAAUGUGAACGCCAUGGUAGAAAUACUCACAAACAAACUGUGUGUACCCAGAACGACGCCGCCGACGUCGACGUUAGCAUUAAUACCCUUCUACGGCGGCCUCACGCGGGACGGCGCGCGCGACCGCGGAAUCGACGAAGAAACGCCGAACACGGGGACGGCCCAUAGCGUGUCGAGUGGCGCGACGAAGCUGAAAACGCUGAAAGCCGUGCUUUGUUCGGCUCUAUCGUUCUGCAAAGCCGCUCUGGUUGGUGUCCGUGUGGAAAUCAAAAUUUUACGGCGCGUUCGUGCUGAAUCGUUGCGUCGUCCUCCACGCCAUCGACGCGACGCUUGCUCGAUGGCGUGGCGAUGCUGGUUCCUCAUCGCUCGACGGGGCCAGCACGGCCGUGUCAUCGCCGUGAAAUGACUUCGUGAAGAAUUAUUGGGUGCACCCAACGCACUGGUUUGAUUUCCACACAGGUCGGCGUCUGUACCCCCGGAGACUACGAGUCUGUUAAUGAAUUAAUAAGGACGCUGCCCGCCGGUCAAGCGCGGGCCGUGCUGUUGAACUGUGCGAAAGCACCGGCCUACACCCCAUAUAAACUUCUACGAAUGGUCCAGCGCCACGCCAAGGGAAAUUUGAACGCGUCGCAAGUCGCGCCGGCCGCGCGCGGUGUCGUGCCGUGGCUAUCGUCUCUCGAGUACGAAUUCGUUCUCUACGACGAGGCGGACCAGACGCUCCACUUCGAAGGCACGGCGUUGCGCGACGUCUUCGACGUUCUGACCCAGCACCCCGAUUACUACGUGGCCCCGCAGCGCUACGAGAAGGGGUGGGGCGGCAUCCCGCGGUUCGUUCUUCAGGGGAACUUGUCACGGUCGAUGAACAAGUGCGAGCGAUCCUUGCCGCGGCUGGCGUAUACAUAAUGUGUAAGAUACUUA